UGACAGGCCUCGUUGGUGGGGUGCGCUUCGAUCAAUGCGGAAAUGUGCCCAAUUCUAGAAGGCGUUAAGAAUGUCCUUGCGCGUUUGGAGAUUGUUUCCCUGAGGAUUUAAUUGAUUUUAUUUAUUAACAAGAUCCAAUAUGCCUCUUUUAAAAUACUCCCCUAAAAUCUGGAAUGCCCUUAAGAUGAAAGAGGGCAUACAUGCCCGUCUCCCUGAACAUUACUUAAAGUCCCUGGAGCAGAAAGAGCCCACUGCGGUCCACUGGAGGCCUUUGGGGGUCAAGUACCGUCUCAACCCAAAGACGGGUCAGAAAGAACGAGUGCAAGAUAUCCCAAUCCCCAUCUACUACCCUCCUGAGUCGCAGGACGGUCUGUGGGGAGGAGAGGGUUGGAUAUGCGGGUACAGAUAUGCCAACAAUGACAAAAUGUCCAACCGUUUGAAGAAGACGUGGAAGCCCCAGCUCUUCAAGAGAGAGCUUUACAGCGAGAUCCUGGACCACAAGUUCACCAUCACGGUCACGACUCGCACUCUGGACCUCAUUGACGCCGCCUUUGGCUUUGACCUCUAUAUCCUCAAUACGCCAAAGGAAGAUCUCUCCUCCAAACUGGGGAUGGACCUGAAGAGAGCGAUGUUGCUUCGCCUGGCUCGCAAAGACACUCAGCUGUACCCAGAUGACCCCGUGAGAAGAGAGAAGGUGUACAACAAGUUCAAGCAGCAGUUUGAGAUCCCAGAGGAGGAGGCCGAGUGGGUGGGUCUCACCCUGGAGGAAGCUGUGGAGAAGCAGAGGCAGCUGGAGGUCAAGCCGCCUGAGCCGUUGUUCAAGGUCUGUGUGGAAAAGCUGAUAGAGGACCUGCAAAUCCAGAAACUGUCAGAACCUCAUCUUAUUGAGAAUAAAUGAAUAGUAGAAUCCUCUGCCAUGGAGCUCCACUGAAGAAGAGCUUCUCUUCCUGGUGAAGUGUCAUCACAUUUCUUUGAGUUUGUAAUAGGUUGAAACUUUUUGUAUUUUUACAUUGGAGAGAGAUGCACGGGAAGGAGGGAAAAUAAUGGAUCCAAAAACGGUGCAAAUAAAACCGCUGCCCAUUAAUUAUCCUGUAUAAUGUAAUUAAAAAAGAAUCACAUUGUCA